AGGAGGAGGGACCUUUGUAGCUCACGUGUCCCAUUUCUCCCUUGCUUCCCCCACCCCAAUUCUCCACAGCUCUCCCUCACUUCAUGUUAGGCUCUGUUAUCCAUCACUGCAUAACCAGGAGAAAGAAAUUUCUGUUUCUCUCCUGCCUGUUUCCAACUCUUUGGUUCUGAUUUGCCUCUGUCAAAGGCUCCCAUCGCCUGCUCUGAGCCGCUUUUCCUCCACUCCUCUUCUUCCACCCUUCUCCUUCUCAGCAAUAAUCCAGGAGGGAGAGCAAAGAGGAGAAGCCAGGAGAGGCAAGGCAAGGACCAGCGAGGAUCCCAGACUUUCAAUGCAAAGCCAAAGAAAACGAAGAAAGGGCACCAAAACCUGCCUUCCUCGCACGCCAGACCAGCUGGUGCCAACUCUGACUCUGAUUAUGAAGGCAUUAUGAGCUGCUCGCUCCAGAACUGGGUGUUGACAGCUUUCUGCUGCCUGCUGCUUUGUCAUUCAGGUUUUGUCAAGGCAGAUCCACAACCUGGUGAUUUGAGGAGGUGGAUCCCAAAUGCCAGCUGGCGCAAAAGAUGGGGUAUUUCAGAAAUCACGUACCCCGCCAGGCUGGUGAAACACAACUCUGGGGGAGAGAUCCAGAAGUAUCAGCUGGACACAAGAGUGAGAAAAGAGACUGGUGGCAGCAGAGGAGGUGGCGAAAGAGGAGAAAGCCCUGUUAUCCAUCUGGCCCAAGUGAGCUUCCUCAUCCCUGCCUUUGGCUCAGCCUUCACUUUGGAUCUUGAACUGAACCACCAUCUGCUGUCCUUAAAUUAUGUGGAACGUCAUUUUGGACAGGAUGGAAAUGCCAGCCACACCAUGGGAACAGGUGAGCACUGUUACUAUCAAGGCAGUCUUCGUGGAGAAGCAAACUCUUUUGUGGCUCUAUCCACCUGCCAUGGCCUGCAGGGUGUUUUCUCUGAUGGCAAGGACAUGUACCUCCUGAAGCCUCAUGAUUCACUUGAACACCAAGCGAAGGGGCCACUUCCUCACCAGAUCUACCAGACACCAGUACCUCGCACUGCCCGUGGUUGCACAGAACCAGGGUGUUUAUUUUCUGCACUGAACUACUACAUUCCUUCUGGGCUUCCUAAACUGCGUCGUCGAAGACAGGUUCACCGAAGUCACCGGACUGUCCACAGUGAGACCAAAUUCAUUGAACUGAUAAUUGUUAAUGACCACCAGCUGUUUGAGCAAAUGCGCCGUUCAGCCAGCCUUACCAGCAACUUCGCAAAGUCUGUAGUAAACCUUGCUGAUGUGAUAUUUAAGGAACAGUUGAACACACGUAUUGUGCUGGUCGCCAUGGAGACAUGGACAUCAGGGGAUAAGAUCCAGAUUGAUGAAGAUUCCCUGGAGACAUUGAGAGAGUUCAUGAAGUAUCGCCAGGAGUCUCUUCCUGAACACAGUGAUGCUGCACACCUCUUCUCUGGGCACACGUUUAGAAGCAGCCGCAGUGGCACAGCUUACGUUGGAGGGAUCUGCUCAGUUGCUAGAGGCGGAGGUGUGAAUGAGUAUGGCACCGUUGGAGCGAUGGCAGUAACAUUAGCCCAGACCUUGGGGCAAAACAUUGGCAUGAUGUGGAACAAGCACCGUGCCUCUGCAGGGGAUUGUCGCUGUCCUGACUUAUGGCUGGGUUGUAUUAUGGAAGAUACUGGAUACUACCUGCCACGGAAAUUUUCACGCUGCAGUGUUGAUGAAUACAAUCAGUUUCUGGCUGAAGGAGGAGGAAGCUGUCUCUUUAACAAGCCUUUGAAGCUCCUUGACCCUCCUGAAUGUGGUAAUGGAUUUGUGGAAGCAGGAGAAGAAUGUGACUGUGGGUCUUUAGCGGAGUGUUCCAAAGGUGGGGGAAAUUGCUGCAAGAAAUGUACCCUUACACAUGAUGCCAUGUGCAGUGAUGGGUUGUGUUGUCGAGAGUGCAAGUAUGAGCCACGGGGUGUAACCUGUCGAGAAGCUGUGAAUGAGUGUGAUAUCCCAGAAACUUGUACUGGUGACUCCAGUCAGUGUCCACCUAAUGUGCACAAGCAGGACGGUUACUUUUGUGACAAUGAGCAGGGCCGGUGUUAUGGAGGCCGUUGUAAAACCAGGGACCGCCAGUGCAACACAUUGUGGGGGCGAGCUUCAGCUGAAAGGUUUUGCUACGAGAAGCUCAAUGUUGAAGGCACUGAGCGAGGGAACUGUGGGCAUGAGGGGAACCACUGGGUGCCCUGUAUCAAGCAGGAUGUGUUGUGUGGAUAUCUUCUCUGUGCCAAUGCAACAGGAUCCCCACGUAUUGGUGAACUACUUGGUGAAAUCACAACAAUGACAUUCUACCACCAGAAGCGAUAUAUUGACUGCCGGGGUGGCCACGUGCAACUGGUGGAUGGCACAGAUCUGAGCUACGUAGAAGACGGGACACCCUGUGGGCCCAAUAUGCUGUGUCUUGAUCACAAAUGCCUUCCUUUGUCUGCCUUUAACUUCAGUAUCUGCCCAGGCAGCUGGGGUGGCCAGAUCUGCUUUGACCAUGGGGUCUGCAGCAAUGAGGGCCAAUGCAUCUGCUAUUCAGACUGGACAGGAAAAGACUGCAGUGUCUAUGAUCCUAUCCCAGAGCCUAAACCAACUGGGGAAACAGAAAAAUACAAAGGUCCCAGUGGUACCAACAUCAUUAUUGGCUCCAUUGCUGGAGCCAUCUUGGUGGCUGCUAUUGUACUUGGUGGCACCGGAUGGGGAUUUAAGAACAUUCGCAGAGGAAGGUACGACCCAGCUCAGCAGAGCAUGUAGCACCUCCCCUGAGCAUCAUCCCUCCUUCACCUGCCACCUUCAUCCCAUCCUCUGCACCGGCUUCUCCCUGCUCUUGCUGCUUGCAAUGGUCACUGGGGCGGCAGGGCCAGAGCUCUCGUGGAGGCCAGUCUCAGCAACGAGAAUCUCGUCUGUGCCAUCACUUCUCUCCAUGCAUCCAUCACUGCCAGCCUCAUUCUCCAUUUAUUCAGCUGCUGUUGUGGGCAGAGGGGAUGUCUAGUGAAUAAGCAAAUGGCAGCAGGUGUUUUUUUUCCAACCAUCUGAUGAGCUACUAGUUCUGCUCUCAUUCACUGGAUGAUAGGGGUAGGGAUUAAUCUUUCUCCAAUUUAAGGCCCAAAUAGCCAUCCUUUAUUUGUUAAUAUGGUAAAGUCAACACAGGAUUUUACUAUAUCACUUUCACUGUGGGGCUCUUAUUUUUUAAGUCCUUUCACAGAGGGAAAGACAGUUUGCAGUGAACUGUGUUGAUUCUGAGAUGCAAAAGAUCUCAACAUAUCUCUGCAGGGACCUCUCCACCUGCACAUGUACUCAUACAUGUGCAAUAUACACGUAUUGCCAAGGAGAGGCUAUGUCUUCAUUUGAUCCACGCACAUUCUGUUAUAGAAGAGGGUAGGUACACUGCUGAAUAAUAUGCA